GUUUUAAUAGCCCACGACAACGGACCACGUUUCGAUACGGAGCUUCACGUCUCGGGAACCGUCGUCUAUAUUAAUCAUAUCUCGAAGAGUGCUAUCUUUCAGUUUACAUAUUGUAGUGCCAUCUUAUACAUACAGUUGAUCAGCAAUAUGGUCUAUCCGAAGGACAUCUCGGACGCACAUCAUGAGGAGCUGUCACUGGACACUGCAGCUGCUGCACCGGUCAGCAUAAAUGGCGAUGGCAAAGGACCACAAAGUCAACGUCAGUAUGAGCCCCGAGAGCGUUUCAUAAUUACCAAAAAUGUCGUUGUCAUUGGUUUGGCAUUUAUGAUACACUUCACGGCCUUCCAUGGCACAUCGAAUCUGCAAAGUUCGGUGAAUGCGGACAAGGCUCUGGGCACAACAACACUGGCUGUCAUAUAUGGCUCACUCAUCUUGUCCAACAUAUUUUUACCCAUGACGGUGAUUAGUUGGUUCGGCUGCCGUCUGACUAUGGCCCUGGCCCUAUUUGCCUAUAUGCCCUAUAUAGCUGCCCAGUUCUAUCCGCGCUUCGAAACGCUCAUUCCGGCUGCUCUGAUGGUAGGCUUUGGUGGCGGACCACUCUGGUGUUCCAAAUGUACAUAUUUGUCCACAGUUUCGGAGGCAUUGACGCAGGUGCGUGGCAACAAAUCGCGGAAGGAUGUCAAUACGGUCAAGUUCUUUGGCCUGUUCUUCAUAUUCUACCAAAUGGCCCAGGUGUGGGGCAAUCUCAUCUCGUCGUCGGUGCUCACACUCAGCGCAUCUACAACGCCAGCCAACGAGACACUUGAAAUGGAGCCACUUGAGGCGAGCAUUAGUCGAGUGGGUGAACUGUGUGGAGCUCGCUUCUGUCCAGGCAUUGGCGCUGAAGUCAAUCCCAAUCUGGUGCCACCAGCACCCGAACAAAUUCAGCUGCUCAACUCCAUUUUCCUCACGUGCAUGGCUGGCGCUGUCGUCAUGAUGAUCUUUGGCGUUAGUUCCCUGAAGCGAUAUGGCGUCAAGCGCGGAGACACAGGCGAUGGCAUAUCUGGCCUGAAGCUAUUGACUGUUACCAUUAAUCUGCUGCGCAAACGUCGCCAGAUUCUCAUGCUGCCUAUAACCAUGUUUAUUGGGCUCGAAGAGGCCUUUUUGGCCGUUGAUUUUACACGCUCGUUUGUUGCCUGCGGUUGGGGCAUAUCGAAAAUUGGCUUUGCUAUGAUUUGCUUUGGCGUUGCGAAUGCGAUUGCCGCGGGCAUUGCUGGAGCUUUGGUGGAGCGAAUUGGACGUGUCACACUAGCUGCCAUUUGUGCGGUGAUAAAUAUGUGCCUGUUGGCCUACAUGUACAGCUGGGAGGCACGUGAGGGCGAUUAUCUCAGCUAUUGCACUUUUGCCGCAAUUUGGGGUAUCUGCGAUGGCAUCUGGUUGGUUGUUGUCAAUGCGUUCUAUGGCAUCCUGUUUCCCAACCACCUGAUUGCUGCUUAUAGCAACUUCCGUUUAUGGGAGAGCACCGGUUCGGUUAUCGGCUAUGUCAUCAGCUCGCAAUUGUGCACUUCCACCAAACUAACGAUUCUAAUGGUUGUCAUGAUUGUUGGCUGCAUCGGAUAUGGUCUGAUCGAAUAUCGUGUGUGGCAAAAGCAAAAGAACCUGGAGGCCAUGUUGAGUGAUUGAAUUUCCGAUUCUCUGCCAUUUUAAACUUACUUGAUGUGAUAUUGCCUGCCUACACUAAGAGCAAUUAAGAACAAUGUAUCUAGUAUUAGAAAAUAGUUCAUUAUUUUUUAUACUACCAUAAUGUUUCCAUUUAAAAAUAAAAAUAUAAGAAUAUGACGACUUCUCAACAAAAAAAAAA